ACAUGUACAGCAGGUCUAUGUACACUUAAGGGGUUGGAUUCAGUGGUGUAGGGGGAUGACAAUAAUAAAACAAUUUAUCUAUGACUUGGAAGGCAGGUAAUCAGUUUUGCAACAUAAGCAUUUAACCAGGGCAUCCAGUUGACCCUUGACUUUUAGCAAUUUCAGAAGUCAAAUCACCUUAUCUCAGAAAUCUGAAGGGUCAAAACAUGUCAAUUAGACAUGUCCCUUCAAAUCCAAGAGUCAGAUCUCAAUUUGGGGAGUCAAAAACAUACUCUCAAGGGUCUACUGGAUGCCCGGUUAACUAUGCCGAAAUUUGACACAGGGUUGAUGUAAUCAUCAAAUUUAAUUUAUACACACCAAAAUAAAACGAUAAAAGAACCCUGUUUUGACAACAACAACAGCAACAAAAUAUAGACUCUAAGAUAUCCCCAAGCAGUCAUGUUCUGCAUUUAUAAACUUCCACACAUUUUUGAAGCAUAGAUUUGGGUUGUCCGGUGGCACAGUGGUAACGCACUUGCCUUUCACCUAGGAAGUCUGGGUUUUCUUCCACGUAGGUUUUCUCCGGAUAUACCAGUUUUCUCCAAAGUCCUCACACUUCCAUGUGGGCCGACAGGAUUGGCCAUUGUGUUGGCAUAACUUGUUUCACAAUUGUUGUAAAAUAGAUAAAGUUUACAUAUUGAAACUUAUUAGGAAAGACAAUUAACUUUCAACAUUCUUUAAUUCUGUUUUAUUUCAGAUGGAAACAGACAUGGCUGAAGAUUGUAGUGAUGACUCUGUGAGAAUGAGUGUAGAUAGCAACACUAACAGCAUUACAGAUGUGGCGAUCACCAGUGAGACAACGUGUGGUGAAAACAGUGGUAGUACCAACAAUAAUGAUUCUGGGAUAGGGAAAGCUUUUAUAGAAUACCUCAGAAUCUGUGGCAGUGACCAUCGCACGUCGAUCCUUGCAGUCCUCAACAAAGACCGCGACGGCUACAAUAAACAGAUGAAAGAUCUACAAAGUCAGAUGAACGGUGUUGAAAAGGAGAUCCAGGAUGCAGAGUCUGAAAUGGAAGAGAAGAACAAUCGCCUCAAGGACAUCCUUCUGGAAGUGGAACAGCUGCAGACACGGAUAUUUAAUCUGGCCAAACAGACCAUGUGUCAGAAACAGACAUUGAAGACCUUGGAGAAGAGCACCAGUAGUGUAAAUGUGAAGCUGCAGUCUUGUGAGAAGGCCAUUUUGGAUAUGUCAUGAGCAGCAGCAUGUUGUGAAUACACCAUCAACUUCUUAUAUGUCAUACAACUGCACUUGUUAUGAUAACAACUUCAUAUAACACAAGAUUUUUUCACAUAACUUCUUUUUAAAUGCCCGUCAAAAUUAUUAUCAGUAUUAUGGUAUGACUGUGUCUGUCUGUCCAGCAUAAACUUGUCUCAAGAUCUCCUACAUUUUUCAACCAAUCUCUCCUUCAUUUUAACCAAUCUCUUUGAAAUUAGAUAGGCUGUUUUAAGCAUGGUAUGCAGUUGUUUCCCUUAGCAACAUUUUGAUCUAAAAUUGAAAUGAUUCAUUAUAAUAUGUACCAUUGUCAUGUUGUUGUGUUCCUUGAAAGGUAUUUUGAUUUGACAACUUUUGCAAAAAGUUGUUUCCCUUUGUUUAUUUCAGUAUAUGAUUUUUGUUCAGAAUAUUCUACAUUAUCAAUUAUCAGCUCUGGGCUGUUCAAGGAAAACAUAUACGGGACGG